AAACAGCGUGUCAGAGUGAGAGAGAGUGAGAGUGUCAGAGGCACAGAGCACAACACACAUACAUCCAGCAUGUCUAGGAAGGAGGAGCCGAUGGAGGAGAUAAUGGAGUCCAAAGUGAUGUGGUACCCCGAUUCCAAGAAAAUCACCCAGAUGGAUGAGUUCAGGGCCAGAGUGAAUAACAACUGUGGUCUUAAUCUGGCCAAUUACAAUGAUCUGUACCAAUGGUCUGUGGAAUGCUAUCCAGAAUUUUGGGGAGAAUUUUGGGACUUCAGUGGCAUAGUCUUCUCACGUAUGUAUGAUGAGGUAGUUGACCGAUCCAAAGGGAUUGCUGAUGUUCCAGAGUGGUUUCAUGGGAGUAAUUUGAAUUAUGCAGAGAACCUUCUAAAGCACAAGGAAAAUGACAAAAUUGCUCUGUAUGCUGCAAGGGAAGGCAGGGAGAAUGUGGACAAAGUGACUUUUGAAGAGUUAAGACGAGACGUUGCGUUGUAUGCUGCUGCCAUGAGAAAGAUGGGAAUCAAAACUGGAGACCGCGUUGUUGGCUAUCUUCCAAACUGCAUUCAGACAGUAGAAGCUAUGUUGGCAACGGCAAGUAUUGGAGCAAUUUGGAGUGCCACAUCCCCAGAUUUUGGAGUCAAUGGAGUACUGGACAGAUUUUCCCAAAUUCAACCCAAAUUAAUCUUCUCAGUGGAAGCAGUGAUUUACAAUGGGAAAGAACAUUCUCACUUGGAGAAGCUGCAGAGUGUAGUGAAAGGGUUACCAGAUUUGAAGAAGGUGGUUGUGAUCCCUUAUGUUUUUCCGAAAGAUAAAAUCGACUUCUCCAAGAUUCCCAACAGCAUGUUCCUGGAUGACUUUCUAGCAACUGGAAAAGCCGGGGACCAAUCACCACAGCUGGAAUUUGAACAGCUGCCCUUCAAUCACCCCCUAUAUAUAAUGUACUCAUCUGGCACCACAGGAGCACCCAAGUGCAUGGUCCAUUCAGCUGGAGGAACCCUGAUAAAGCAUUUAUGUGAGCACAUUUUACAUGGCAAUACUACAAGCAGUGAUAUCAUCAUGUACUACACCACGGCUGGAUGGAUGAUGUGGAACUGGUUAAUUACAGCAAUAGCCACUGGAGCCUCUGUGGUGCUGUAUGAUGGCUCUCCUCUUGUGCCCAGUCUAAAUGUGCUAUGGGAUCUUGUGGACAGACUCGGGAUAACCAUUUUGGGAACUGGGGCCAAAUGGUUGACUGUACUAGAGGAGAAAAAUCUCAACCCAUGUGAAACGAACAGUCUGAAAACGCUUCAUACAAUACUAUCAACUGGGUCACCUCUAAAGCCACAAAGCUAUGACUACGUGUAUGAGCAUAUAAAAAAUAAUGUGCUGCUUGGGUCUAUCUCAGGCGGCACAGAUAUUAUAUCUUGUUUCAUGGGACAAAAUGUCACCAUUCCAGUUUACAGAGGGGAAAUCCAGGCCAGGAACCUUGCAAUGGGAGUGGAAUCUUGGAAUGAGGAAGGAAAGGCAGUGUGGGGGGAAAGCGGAGAGCUGGUGUGUUUAAUUCCAUUACCAUCUCAGCCCACACACUUCUGGAAUGAUGAAAAUGGCAGCAAAUACCAGAAAGCAUAUUUCUCCAAAUUCCCAGGUGUCUGGGCUCAUGGAGACUACUGCAAAAUAAACCCUAAAACAGGAGGGAUCAUAAUGCUGGGGCGCAGUGAUGGAACACUGAAUCCAAAUGGGGUUCGGUUUGGAAGCUCGGAAAUCUACAAUAUAGUUGAAUCAUUUGUGGAAGUCUCCGACAGCCUGUGUGUUCCCCAGUACAACAAGGAUGGGGAGGAAAGGGUAAUUCUCUUUCUUAAAAUGAACAAUACCUUCACCUUUAACAGAGAUCUGGUGAAAAGGAUGAGGGAUUCUAUCCGCGUGUCACUGUCUGCCAGGCAUAUACCAGCCUUGAUCCUUGAAACAAAAGACAUUCCGUACACUAUAAGUGGGAAGAAAGUAGAAGUUGCAGUAAAACAAAUCAUCGCAGGCAAAGAAGUAGCGCAACGCGGGGCUUUCUCCAACCCCCAGUCCCUGGAGUUGUAUUGCAAUAUUCCGGAGCUGCAGAAUUUUUGAGCAAUUUGCAUAAGAGGCUGUAUGUGUACUGGACUCAUAGCCAAACCUAUAAUUGACAUGGACUACAAGUUUAUGGCUCACAACGCUGUCUUGCACAUGGUCAUCCCUCUGUUCUGCAGACAAUUAUCUUGUCAUUCAUUUGACACUUUUUAAAAUACUUUUCAGAACCAAAUAUCUUUCAAAAGCAGGUGUUUAAGCCAUUAUACCUGCUAUGAGAAUUAUGCCAGUUAUCUUCCUUAAAUCUAAGUAUAGGCAGUCUCUGACUGUCCAGCUAGUAAACGUACUUCCAGAUCAUAUGUAGUUUUGACAGCUGAAGAGUCAUACAUUGCCUACACCUGCCUCAGACACUUGGCACUUUAUCACAUAUGAUGAAUAGGGCAUGUCAGUCAAUGGCAGAUAACAACAGAAUGAGGCUGUUUAGGGAUCUAGUAUGUCCUAUAACUCUUUAUGCAGGUGCUGUAUAUUAGGGAUGCUUAAUACUGGGACCUAGAUGGGUAUUCGUAACCUAUGUGCCCUAUCGCACACCCUGCAAUAAAGGUGGUUCUCUGUAACCCAAAUAGGGUUAUAUUGGUGGUCUAAGAUAGAGAAAAUUUACAUUUUCAAUACAACUAUAAGAGCUGUUACAAUGGUGACUGAAGUGAGCAAAAUCACGACCUAACUUAAGUCCCCAUUCAUCAUUCCCCUUACCCUCCAGCAUCAGCUGUCGGCGGUCAGUGAUGAUUGGUGAUCCAGCACCAGCUGUCGGCGGUCAGUGAUGAUUGGUGAUCCAGCACCAGCUGUCGGCGGUCAGUGAUGAUUGGUGAUCCAGCACCAGCUGUCGGCGGUCAGUGAUGGUUGGUGAUCCAGCACCAGCUGUCGGCGGUCAGUGAUGAUUGGUGAUCCAUCAGUGAAGCUAAACUUUUUUCUCUUACGUCCUAGAGGAUGCUGGGGACUCCGUAAGGACCAUGGGGAAUAGAC